AUGGGCUGGUACGGUGAAUUCGCUCCAUUCUGCCGUGAGGUGCCUUCCCUGGCACUAUGCAACAUCUUCUUCAGGCGCUUGCUGCAAGAAGGCCAUCUCAAUGCGGUUCUAGCCGUCAACAGCAGCGACAUACAGUCUAUCAUCCAAUCAGCAGGCGUAGGCGUCAACUCUACCUGCGCCAUCCCAAGGAUGGGGUUCCAAGGCAGCCAUGGCAAUUUCCCACUGGCUAUCGUCGGCUCCCUCUGCUUCGUCUGGACGCUUUUCAUGUGGCUGCGUAUCCACCAACGCAUCGCUGCGGUCGGACGCUCGGAGAUGAUGAUCUUUGUCGGCAUAUACGCGGUCACGCUCAUCCCUGCCGUUUUCGCAUCGGGGUCUUUCUUGGAGCAAGCUUCCCAGUCGCUCGUCUUGGCGUCUGCAAUACAGGCUGGACUCUUGUCUGCCAUGUAUGGCGUGCUGCUACAAUGUGCGAUCGUUGAGACGCAAAUCGUCGAAGACGGUACAAUCGGCUCGCUGCUGCCCACGUGGGUAUUCUGUUUCAUCAACUUCAGCUCGACGACCUUCACGCACCUUGACACGGCGUACGGCUGGACAAAGACGUUGGGCCACGGCGCACCGCUGCCGAACACGCUCAAGAACAAUUCGAUGUUCACGAGCGAUUUUCUCAUGCCAAGCAUCACCGUCACCAUCGUCAGCUUCCUCAAGGUGUACGUGUCCGUAGGCAUUCUCGGAGAAUGGAAGCCCCUGUCCUUCAAUGUACUUGCCGGUCUCCUGUGGGGCAGCAGUCAGGUGGUCACUUUUGUCAUCUCAGGUGCUAUCUGCCGGGCGUCAGGUGCCAAGGUCGACGGUGCUUUCAUCAGCAUGCUCUUGCAGACCACAGGUCUCUGGGCCAUGUUCCACGCAUGGAUCCUAUCGACGGAGGAAACGUACGCUGAAGAUGUCGACCUCUCCUACGAAAAGGAGGUUUACGUCAAAGACCAAGAUGCAGAUAGGCCAAGCAUGGACAAUAUGGGCAUGAGUGCGAUGGUCGACAGGGGCAGCCCUGUUAAGCAGCUCUACGCCAAGGAGACCGACUGGGAGGACACGGCUACACUCACCUACCCGACGCUUUCGUAUCAAGUGGGCAGACAAAGGACGUCGUAG